UUCUUCGCAACAAAGAAACAGACCAAUAUUUAUCAUCCUACAAGCUACAACUACAAAUUCCUAUUGCUCCUAACGUACAAACCAGAACAAGUUUAGUUCUCUCCACCAACCGUCUCUGUACCUCAAUCGCCCUUGUCCUGAGCUGACUCAGUGCCAGACACACGCAAUGAGUCAGGAAUCGUUCAUAUACAGUUUCGUUUCCCGAGGCACUGUGAUCCUUGCCGAGUACACCGAGUUCACUGGUAACUUCCCAGCCAUUGCAGCUCAGUGCCUUCAAAAAGUCCUUGCCUCAAACAGCAAGUUCAUCUAUAACUGUGACGGCCACACUUUUAACUUUCUCGUCGAGGAUGGCUAUGCUUACUGUGUUGUUGCCAAAGAAUCUGUUGGCAAGCAGAUACCUAUUGCAUUCUUGGAACGGGUGAAGGCAGACUUUAAGAAAAGAUAUGGGGGUGGUAAAGCAGAUACAGCUAUGGCCAAAAGUCUUAACAAGGAGUUUGGACCAAUAAUGAAAGAGCACAUGAAGUAUAUUGCUGACGAUGCUGAGAAGUUGUUGAAAGUGCAGGCUCAAGUUGUAGAAGUUAAAAAUAUUAUGAUGGGUAAUAUUGACGAGGCUAUUGGUAGAGGGGAUCGCCUAACUAACAUUUCUCAAAAGGCCGAACACCUACGUAGCGAGGCCGAAGGAUACAAAAAACAUUCAACACAAAUCAAACGGAAGCUGUGGUAUCAAAACAUGAAAAUCAAGUUGGUUGUUCUUGGAAUCUUAUUAAUUCUGGUUCUGAUAAUCUGGCUUUCUAUUUGCCAUGGGUUUGACUGCACCAACUAGUAGAACUUUUCUUCAGUAUACAGAAAUGCAAAAA